AUGGCCUUUACAAAAACUCGAACCUCGCACACUCUUCCUGACGGGCUUUCCGUAGAGCUCAAAACGAAAUACAAAAAACAUUAUGAGCAGCCCCACACCUUCAUACUCGAGCACACAGUUCUACUCUCGUCGAAGCCAACGAAAUAUAUAGCAUCUGCUGCCAGCCUUAUCAUCGACAAAGACAGUCUUGCUCGUCAAGGUAACUGGCACGGUGCCAUGGACAUCCACAGCCAGGAGACCGAGACCUUCUCAUAUGCUCUCUUUGACUCAUCCGCCAAGUUGCGAUUGGAAUGGAUCGACUCGGAAGCUAAGAAGGGUACGGGUAUUUGGGGCCACGAGUUGGAUGAAGGUGCCAUUAUUUUUAUCGAGACUAUCGAGGUUCACAAGGAAUACCGGAAGAGGGGACUCUGCUCAUGGCUCAUACAGCAAGUUCUCAGUUCCGAACACGUCACAGCCUGUCAAUUCGCAUACGCAUGGCCUACACCACUCUACCCAUCCCGUCUCUCCAAGACCGAUCUCGCGGACAUUGAGGGCGCAGUACUGAAGGUGUUUGCAAACGCGGGCUUUAGGCGGGUGGGAAGGUCUAAUUUUGUCUGCUACGCGAUCGCAGAUGCCAAUCAUCCCUCCCGUCACCUUUCCGCAUCUCAAGAUGCCAAACCAAUUGACCUUCCUCUCGCCGAGCAAGUGAAGAAUGACGACGGAGAACCACCAGUUGUCAGGGAUAUUCGUGCCUUCGACACUGUGGCGCAAAUCGAGGCCCAGUACCCACUCCAUGCAGCGCUUCUCGUCGACAGCAGUGAGGUGAUCAUCCGCCUUAUACGUGCUCAUCACACAGCAGAUCCAUCCUCUAUCUUCGUCAGAGGCCCAGAUGGCGCCACGCUCCUUCACAUGGCCACCUCGGCGGGUCGCCCUGCCGUCGUAUCGCUGCUACUGUCCCUUGGUGCUCGUGACGAUGUGCACAAGAAGGAUGGAGAAGGAAGAACGCCUUUGGAACGCAUCGACGACGCAAUGACGAAGGCACGAGAGUUCGCCAAGUUCAAUCAUAGACCAUUCAAAGGCCACGAGACUUAUAAGUGCCGUUGUAAGGCACUCAUCAUGGAGGCUAUGGGUCUACCACCUCCUUCGCUCGAGAUGAUAAAGUGGGGAUGUACUUGCGGACAGUGCCAAGGAGGCUGGCUGAGUCCGCGCAUGAAGUUUCGUCUCGAAACCUGCGCUGAAGUAUCGUCAGACAAGAUACUCGACUCAGUGGAUCUUUCUGGUUCUCUGGUUCACCCCAAACCUCUCGAAAGUGUUGACACGGUUUAUCUUAUCGACGUCAUUCCUCGCUCCGUUCGCGCUCAACCUAUCUACCCGUCCUUCAUUAAAGGAUAUUCGGCCUGUUACAGUGCCGUUUCUGCCGUCCUUCGUGGCGGUAGCAUUCCGACAGUUCAAACCGUCUCGCAGGAGUUAACAUCUCUCGACUACGAUACGCGUUACACGAAUCAUUAUUUGCAGAAGGGAGGAAAAAUCGAGUUUGUCUUGAAUGGCGUUGCAUAUCGCUCAUGGGAGGAGGGACACGCGGGAGACGAUACCUUCGACGACGACAUGGAGGGCAUGCCCACAUGCGAGAACGACGACGCUUACGAUAUUGUUCGCAUCAACAUGGGCCUUGGACCCGAGUUCAACGGACCUACCCAUGACCCUGACUCUGAUAAAGAAGUGGCUCGAAACGAGGAAAUAGAUUCGGAAGACUCUGUCGACUAAUGAACAGGAGAAUAGCUGAAGGACAUGUUCGAGCGCUGUGUAUGGACUUCUAGGAGUCGAGUUACUUGACAUCGUGGCGUAUUUGUGGGAUCGGUUCUGAUUUCGUCGUCUCGCUUUGUCUGUGUCAUAUGAGUUCCCUAUGUGUUGGUUUUUCUACUCGAUGACGCUCCCUCUCAUCACCUAUUCGGCUUGUUGCAUACUUGCAACCAAAAACGCAAUUGUUGCACUGGCAUCCAAGUGCAUGGGCACUUUGUAAGUAUGUAAUUGAUCCGAAACAUGCUCAUCCAUUUAUCGACUUGUCU